AUGGCAGCACCGGCCUCAUUGUCGGCACUGCUCGACUCCCUCACCCAAUCCCUAGCAUCAGCUCAGGACAUCACCCCCCAGAUUGCAUCCAUCGGCCACCAGAAGCAAGGCAUCUCGCUCCUCGACGUCAAGAACGAGCUUCUCCUAUCAUACCUCCAGAACCUCGUCUUCCUAAUCCUUCUCAAGCUGCGCAACUCCAAGGGCGACGACAAUGGCAAGACCGACGACGGAGAUCGGAUCGACGAGGCCGUCCGCACGAAACUAGUCGAACUCCGCCUGUAUCUGGAGAAGGGCGCACGUCCCCUCGAGGAGAAGCUACGGUAUUCGAUCGAGAGCUUCCUCACACGGGCGCGCGAGUCGCAGAGCAAGGAUGAGGUCGGCAAGAAGGGCAAGAAGACUAAGAGCAGCCGCACGGGCUCCGAGUCGGACGAAUCCGAGUCAGACUCCGAGUCGGAGGACGAGUCGGAGGAGGAAGACGACGACGCAGACAACAGCGACAUCGAGGGCUCCGUGGUGGACGGGCCCCCCAAGCCCAAGAAGAUACCCUCGGGCGGCAAGCGCUCCACCGGCGCGCCCGCCCUGGCCGGCUUGGCCGAGGACAAGUCGGUACGCCCCACGCGCGGCGUCAGUGACGCCCCCGACGGCGUGUACCGCCCCCCCAAGCGCGAGCGCCAUGUCAUGGACAAGCCCGCGUCGCAGCGCGAGAAGCGCAACGAGGGCCGCGCCGCCCACUCCCGCACAAUGGACGAGUUCGUCGCCUCCGAGCUGUCGGCCGCCCCGCAGGCCGAGCCCAGCAUCGGCACCACCAUCGUCCAGGGUGGCCGCAAGGUCAAGACGUCCUUCGACCGCGAGAAGGAGGCCGAGCGCCAGUCGUACGAAGAGUCCAACUUUGUCCGCCUGCCCAAGGAGAACAAGAAGGACCGCGCCCGCAAGAACCGCGAGGCCGCCGCCCGCAGCUCCAUGUCCUUUGGCGGCGAGGAGUGGCACGACCUCGGCGAGGGCGUCAGUCGCAUCGACCGCCUCACCAGGCGCAAGGACGGCGGCGGCCGCGCCUCCAACGUCCGCUCCAUGCUCGACAAGAGCCGCAAGAGGGGCGCUGCCGACGCCCCAGACGGCCCCAGGGGCUCCGGGGACGUCAUGGGCGGAGAACGGUUCCAGAAGAGGGUCAGGCUCGAGGAGGCUGGCAGGCGCGACAGGGGCAAGAAGAGGUAA